AUGAGGGGGGUGAAUUCGCCGACGGAGAGCUUGAAUGGGGUGGUGAUGCGGGCGGCGUCGAGGAGGAGGGGGAAUGGGAAGGCUACCGGGGGAAUCGCCAACGUGUUGCACUCCAUCCCCUACGAAUCGAACUGGCUCACGGGCAUCGGCCUGGCCUUCUUCUUCCUCAACAUCCUCCUGUUCGUCGCCAACUGCGUGUUGAUCUCGCUGCGCUUCUACUGGCGCCCGGGCAGCCUGGUCGACUCGUUCAACGACCAGUUUGAGAGCUUGUUUAUCUCUUCUAUUGUACGUCUUCCCUCGAACAUCGCCACGAUCCUCAUCACCAUCACGCAGUACGGCAUCCCCUGCACCGGCCCCUGGCUGCUCAGCGUCGUCGAGGCCCUCUUCUGGGUCUACCUCGGCAUGAGCACCCUCAUCAGCGCCAGCCUGUACCUCACCUUGUGGUCCACCCAAGUCUUCCCAAUCCACACAAUGACCCCCAUCUGGGUCUUCCCGGCCUACCCUCUCCUCCUCUCCGCCCCCUUCGGCGGCAACCUCGUCGCAGCCGCGCACAAAACCAACCAGCUCUCCCACAUCAACACCAUCCCCAUCACCCUGGCCGCCAUCACCGCCCAGGGCACGGGGUUCCUCAUCAGUUUCAUGAUUUGUGCCGCCUUUUUGUACCGGUUGAUGACUCAGAAACUGCCGCGGGAUCAUCAGCGCCCCGGUGUGUUUAUCUCGAUUGGGCCGAGCGGGUUUACGUGUGCGGGGAUUGUGCAGUUGGGGUCGUUGGCCGGGGUGGUGUUUCCGCCGGGGUUUAUGGAUCGUGCUGGGUCGACUGCGUAUGUUCUGCGGAUUCUGGCGUGUAUGGCCGGGUUGUGGCUGUGGGGACUGAGUAUCUGGUUCUUUUUGGUGUCGGUUGGGUCGCUGUGGAAGUAUUUGCGGCCGGAGAGUAAGGGGAAACUGAGGUUUCAGAUGACGUGGUUUUCGUUUGUGUUUCCGAAUACGGCGUUGGUCACGGCCACGGAAACCCUCGGCGCAGCCUUUGACAGCCCCGGCCUACAGAUCUUUGGCUGCAUUCUUGCUGCCUUCCUCGUGCUGGUCUGGAUUUUGGUGUUUACCAAGAUGAUUCGCUGUUUGUGGAGGCGGGAGCUGUAA